AAUAAUAAUAUAAAUAGUGCAUCCAUUUGUAUACUAAUCUUAUAUAUAUAUUGAGUACUAUAUAUAAUAGAGACCAAUUAAUAUCACAUUCUGUGUUAAGUGCACACUUCAUAUACGUACACUUGACAAAGUUUGGACUCAUUCUCUCCUCCAAACACUAGCUUUCCUUUUACAGAUACAGUAUAUAAUUAACGUUACAGUUAUAUAUAUAUAUAUAUUGUAUACAGAGAGAAAGGAAGAGAGAAAUAGUCUCAGAAUGGGAAGUACUAUGACCGAGCCAGUUGAUCAAAUAAUGGAAUAUGGUUUUUUCGAGACUGGUUUGCCGCCUCAGAAAAAAGAGGAAGCCCAAGAAGUAGACGAUGAUGGGAGACCCAAAAGAACCGGCACUGUGUGGACGGCAUGUGCACACAUUAUAACGGCGGCUAUAGGGGCGGGAGUUCUGUCGCUGGCAUGGGCGAUGUCACAGCUGGGAUGGGUGUUGGGUGUCGGCAUUCUCCUGCUUUUCUCGGCCAUUUCACUCUAUACUGCCACUCUCUUGGCUGAUUGCUAUAGAAGUCCUCAUCCAGUCACCGGCAGAAGAAAUUACUCCUACAUCGAAGCUGUCAACGCCAAUUUAGGUGAAACAAUGUGCAAGAUAUGUGGAUGGAUCCUGUACGGAAAUCUUACCACUUUUGUAAUCGGCUAUACCAUAACCACUGCAAAAAGUCUAGUGGCUAUACAAAAAUCAAACUGUCACCGCAAAAAGGGGUCAAAUAUGCCAUGCAGAUUCUCUAACAACCCACAUAUGAUUGGAUUAGGGAUAAUUGAAAUUUUGUUAUCCCAAAUUCCAAACUUCAGCAAAUUGUCUUGGCUCUCUGCCUUGGCUGCUGCCAUGUCAUUUGCAUAUUCUUUGAUCGGAAUAGGAAUGUCUAUUCAAAAGAUUGUAAAAGGGGCUGAGGGGAGAACAUCAAUUAAAGGGGUGGCAGCGGGAUAUGAGGUGGGGAUGUCUGCAGCUGAUAAAGUUUGGAGAAUGUUUGCGGCUGCUGGUGAUAUUGCUUUUGCUUGCUCUUAUGCUCAAGUUUUUAUUGAUAUUCAAGACACAUUGAAGUCAUCUCCAUCUGAAAACAAAGUGAUGAAGAAAGCGAGUACUAUAGGCGUAUCAAUCAUGACAACAUUUUUUCUGAUGUGUGGUUGCUUUGGCUAUGCCGCGUUUGGAAACCAUGCACCUGAGAAUCUACUCGCUGGCUUUGGAUUUCAUGAGACUUCUUGGAUCAUCGAUUUGGCUAACCUCUUCAUCGUGGUGCACUUAGUUGGAGCAUAUCAGGUACUAAUCCAACCAGUGUUUCGAAUAGUGGAAUUGUGGGCUAGAAAAAGGUGGCCUGAGUCAAGAUUCAUUACCACCAAUUACCCAAUUGCUGGCCCUACCAUCAUGAUGAGUAGUAAGAAGAAAACAUUGUUGAGUAUAAACUUGUUUAGGCUAACAUGGAGAACAGUGUUUGUUGUGAUGGUAACUGUAGUUGCCUUAGCUUUGCCUUUCUUCACUGAUAUGUUGGCACUUAUGGGUGCUAUUGGGUAUUGGCCAAUCGUGGUGUUCUUCCCAGUCGAGAUGCACAUUUCCAUUAACAAGAUUCACAGACGAACUGCCAAGUGGUUUGGCCUCCAACUUCUCAGUUUAGUGUGCUUUCUUCUAUCUUUGGCUGCUGGUACUGGUGCCAUUCAAGGACUCUACAAGAAUCUCCAUACUUAUAAGCCAUUUAUGUCAAAAGACUGAUUUGGCUCCUCAUUAUUACUAUAUACAUAUUUGAAUGUUAAACUCCACUUAUUCCGAAAAGAAAAAUUAGGGUGACUUAAUUUAAUUUCUUGAGCAAACAUAUUUAUGUAUCCUAAAGGACUAUUGCAUGUAGACUGCUCCUAGUUGAACUUUAAUUAUUUAAGUGUCAUUUAUCCAACAAAA